UACAGCCGAAAAAUUCAAAUUUGAAAGAAGAAGGAAGCGUUACAACAUCCAGAUUGCCACGAACACAGCCAUAACACCAGGAGAGAGAUUAGCUCCCUCCAGCCUCCUUCCCUCUUUCCAAUUAUUCCCUUCCUCUUUCCAUCUUUCAUCUUCAACCUCUCGCUCUUUCUUCAUUCUCUGCAAUUCCAAUCCCAAUUUCCAACCAUUUUUUAUCACUUCUUCUCUAUUCCAAUUUGAUCCAAAGUUUCACAAAAUUCAUGAAAUCAUUUUUCUGUUAUACUUAGCUUCCUCUCGAUUCUUCUAAUCUGAUUAUUUUUUGAUUGAUUGAUUGGAGAGUAUGGCAACUACGCCGCCAUUGAAUAAGGUGGAGAGAGCUCACCAGAUGUAUCGUGAGGGACGUUACAGAGAAGCAUUAGGGUUUUAUUCCGAUGCCGUCGUUGUUGCCAAGACUAAAGCGCAGAAGAUCGCACUUCAUAGUAAUCGCGCUGCCUGCUUUCUUAAAUUGCACGAUUUUAAGAUGGCAGCUGAUGAAUGUACAUCUGUUCUUGAGCUCGAUCAUAAGCACACUGGAGCAUUAAUGUUGCGUGCUCAAACUUUGGUCACUCUGAAGGAGUAUCAGUCAGCACUUUUCGAUGUGAAUCGGCUUCUUGAGUUAAAUCCCUCGUCCGAAGUAUAUCUUAACCUUCAAGCACGUUUAAAAACACAAUUGUCACUUUCUCCAAUACCUGAGGUUGAUUCUGAGCUGGAGGAAGAUGAUGAAGACAUUAAUGAAGAUACAUUGAAAAGCUCUGAACAAGAGGAUGGAGAAAAUAAUUAUGUGGAAGACUCAACAGGUAUAGUUGAGAAACCUGAACCGAAUGUCCACACAUCUAAUGGCUUCAUUACCCCUGAAAGCAAUGGAAGCCUGAAAGCUGCUGAUCCUCAUUCGAAGGGAUGGCAAACAAUCCCAAAACCAAAGGGACAUUCUAGACUUGACUAUUCACGAUGGGAUAGCGUAGAAGAUGGUUCAAGUGAAGACGACGAUGACAAUGAUGCUGAUGAAGAAAUUCAGCCACAUUUUAGGUUCCGUGUGAAAACUGUUGAUGUCAGACCAGUUAAAUGAAUGUUCAUAACUUCAUACAUAUAUAGCAAAGGUAUCUUGAUAAACCUGGGGCUGCUACUCGUUUUAUACAAGCAUAUGCUACGAGAACCUGUGGCUGUCCAGGUUUAUGUGGGCACCCUAGCAACUUGAUUUGUCCAGAGUCGACUAUCUUAGGCAAGCCAUUGGUUCAUCCUGAUGCCUGGUGAUUAGGCUCCCUGCAGCUUGAAUGUUUAUGGUGCUGCUCAAGUCCGCUACAUACUAGCCACAUUAAUAUAUGCAGAAUGCAAUGACUGAAAAUGUUUGUGAAAUGGCAUGUCAUUAUAUGUGUAUAUUUUCAUUUGUAAAUUACAAAUACAGAUUUGUUACUUUUUUGUAGAGAUGAUGAAUUGUAUAUAUAAAAGAAAUUCAUUUAUUUUCA